UCGACAACUUUGAAGACAUGCUACGUAGUUCCAACUUAGUGAGGCGGAUUAGCAAGCAAGUGGCGCACAGCAAUUGAGUUGGUUAUCGCGUCAGGCGGCGUCCACCAGUUUGAAAUUGACCUGAAUUUGAAUCAUCACAAGGUUCCGAGCCAUUCAUCGGCUGUAAUUACAGCGAUUUGGAUGAGGUUGACUAGUUAGUGGAUGAUCAUUGGACUAUGCGGCCCGUCAUUCAAUCGGGCGCGCCGCUUACAUAUUGUUGUAAGGUCGCCCAAGUAUUUAUGAUACCCCGCCGCUCCACAACCACUCAUCGUUGGCUAGUUUUCUUUAUUUAGUAUCUAUCACUUGUCCGACAUUUCUCCUAAUGUCUAACAUCUGUGACUUUUAUAACAGUUGUCGUUACAAUUACAUAGCAUCCCCGCUGAGCUAUGACCGACUCGUGACGAGGACUGGCAUCUCUAGCUUUAAGGCAGAGGUUAUGAUAGUUGGUGAACAAACAAGGAUCGAACAGGUAAGACUUUGGCCGGUUAUUGUCCGCGAGGAAGGACGGCUCGCUGCGAGAUUAAGUAAACAGAGGCAAAUUGCUCCUCGAGAUGGAAACGAGCCAAACGAAAAGAAUCAUCUCAAGACCUUUGCACGGACGAGUAACCUUGGGGAAAUGCGCCUGGUUCCAAUGGAAGGGACUUCACGGAGCAUCCGGUGCGUAGCAUCAGUUAGGAUUGUAUUCCAAACCAUCGAGCCGUAUUGUAAAUUUGUAAGUAUAUCGAUGCGUGCAUGCUGGGUACACGUUCGCAGAGAGGCCGAGCACUGUGGAGUAGGGUAUUCGAAAAAGUAUUGGGUAGUCAGGAACCCAUAAGAACAUCGGUGCAGGAUGCGGUAUACAUGUUUGCAUGUAUGAUAGUCCAUGCACCGCUUAUGUCUA